CGCUUUCGUUGCCCGUUUUAGAAUGAAAAUCUUCUGUACUAUCUGUCACGAUCUACUGGCACCAACCGAAGACAUUUUUUUCACUCAUUGCGGACAUGUGUUUCAUCAUCGCUGCCUGUUCCAGUGGUUCGAAAGGUCAGAGACUUGUCCACAAUGUCGUGCCAGAACGACAAUAGAUAGAAUCCAUAAGGCCAACUUGCCGGUUUCGAAUAUCAAGAAUGAGAACAAUUUCAAGAAAUGUCAAGUUCUACUGAACGAAAGUAUGAUCAAGUAUUACAUUUCGAAAAAUGCGGUUUUGGAGCAGCAGAAUGCUAGUCUCAGGCUGAAAGUGCAAAAAAUGGAAAGCGAAAUCAGGCAGAAAAAUUCGACUAUUUAUGCCUUACUGGAAGAGGAUAGCUAUUUCAGAAAUGAGCAUCAAAAAUAUAUAGUUCAGAAAAAGGAGUUAUCAGCGAAGGAAAGAGAGGUGAAGCAGUUUCGAGAUGUAUAUAAAGCGCUGUCAGCAAGUACAUUUAAGGAUGUGCAGGAUAUAUUUAGGGAAACGACUGAUCGCAACACUUUAAUUAAAUAUAUUUUUAUUAUGAAAAAGAUAAUGUCUAAGAAAAUGAAGACAAUUAGCCAAAGUCAGCUUUCAAGGCACCACGGUUCCCUAGAAAAAGAGCAGUCUAAAAACUAGUAGACUUUGAAGUACGUUCUGCACAUUACGAAAGAUAAAAUUUAUCUCUACGCCUUACAACAUCGAGUUAAUGAACUGGAAAAGCUACUUUUUAAUCAAAACUAUGUUAUCGAAUCUAGUAGCCGAAAAAAAUUCAUUGAAAAAUUUUUAAUUGUGGUAAAAGUAGAUACUUACAUCCAGGUAAUUAAUUUAAUCCUGGAAUCUGCUGUAAUGGAAUUUAGUUUUGGUACCAACACAAAUUUUUUAUUUUGUUGUAUACAAAUGUGCUAUCUACAAAUACAUUUUGAAAAGAAAAAAUAA